UCACGUGAUUUGGUGGCGAAACUUCAAAACAGGGGGUCUCAGGCGAACGGGAAAGCCGGCGAUGUUAAAAUAUCAUUAAUUAAAGGGGAGAAUUUCAAAUACUGGAUGGAUGCUUCGUUUUUAUCAAUGUUCGGGUCGUUUCAUGCUGCUAGGAAUAAAUAAAAUGCCCUCCUUCAGCCUGCUUCAUGCAGCUCUUUAAAACGCAGCGAUCUUUCAAAGAACACGAUGGGAUGUCAGCGCCGUCCGUAUGUUCGAAAAAGUGCACGGAAAGAAAGUGUCAUAAUAAUUUGCAAUACAAAACCUUCAGUAAACCGUUCAUUCCAAAGCCCACAACAGCCACUUUGACCAAAUAAAUCCUGCGAUUUCGUACUUCUUGGACCUGCACUGAUGUAGCUCGAUUACGUUCGCUCUCUUGCGCUCAGUUCGUUAUUUUUCGCCAGAUAUGAGCGUCUGACCCGCCUGUCUGUGGAGGAAGCCCCUGUUUGCCGUGACCCCCCGCCGGGCGAGUGCGGGGUGAUCGCUCACAAUGACGGGUCCCCUGCUUGAGUUUGAGACCGAGAUGUUCCUCUCGCUGUUCGGUUCGGACGGGCUGCUGGUCACAGCCGAAGGUCUGGGCCUUGACCGGAUUCUGCUGCAGUUCCUGCGGGUCUAUUCGGAAGAGGGGAGUCUGGUGCUGUUGCUGAACACCACCACGCCCGAACAGGAGUUCUUCACGGAGAAGCUGCGGGCCGAGGGGGUCUCCCACCUCCCCAGGACGGUGACCAGCGAGGUGCCGAGCGGCGAGCGCCUGGACGUCUACACCCGGGGCGGCGUCCUCUUCGUCACCAGCCGCAUCCUCGUGGUGGACUUCCUCACGGACAAGAUUCCCGCCAGCCUCAUCACAGGUAUUCUUGUGUACCGGGCUCACAAGAUCAUCGAAUCCUGCCAGGAAGCCUUCAUCCUGCGGCUGUUCCGACAGAAGAACAAGACAGGCUUCAUCAAGGCCUUCACGGACAAGCCCACCGCCUUCAGCUCCGGCUUCUGCCAGGUGGAGCGCGUCAUGAGGAACCUGUUCGUCAGGAAGCUCUUCCUCUGGCCCAGGUUCCACGCGGCCGUCAACUCGGUGCUGGACAGACACAAGCCGGACGUGGUGGAGCUGCGUGUGUCCCUCACCCCGGGCAUGAGCGCCAUCCAGAGCUCGGUGCUGGACAUCAUGAACGCCUGCCUGAAGGAGCUGAAACGCUACAACCCCACGCUGGAGGUGGAGGACCUCUCUCUGGAGAACGCGCUGGGCCGCUCCUUUGAGAAGACAAUCCGCCACUACCUGGAUCCGCUGUGGCACCAGCUGGGGGCGAAGACCAAGUCCCUGGUGCAGGACCUGAAGAUCCUGCGCACCCUGCUCCUCUACCUCACCCAGUACGACUGCGUCACCUUCCUCAACCUGCUGGAGUCCCUGCGCAGCAGCCAGAAGGCCUUCGGGAGCAACUCCGGCUGGCUCUUCCUGGACUCCAGCACGUCCAUGUUUGUGAACGCUCGAUCGCGGGUUUUCCGUACCCUGGAACCAAAGGAUGGCCUUAAAAAAAAGGCAGGAGCCACGACGAACCAGGAGCAGAACGGAGAAGCCGAAGUGAAGAAGGAGCUGGUGCUGGAGAAGAGCCCCAAGUGGGAGGCGCUGACAGAGGUGCUGCAGGAGAUCGAGAAGGAGAACAACAGCUCCGAGCUCGGCCCAGGGAGGGUUCUGAUCUGUGCCAGUGACGAUCGGACCUGUGCCCAGCUGCAGGAGUAUGUGACCCGUGGCCCAGAGGCUCUGCUAAACCGGCUGUACAGUCGCACCUUCGGCAGGAAGGAGACGCUGCUGGAGCUGAACGGGGAGAAGAGAGUCCCGGCCAAAGCCAAGGGCAAGAGAGGAGCAGAAGGCGGCACCAAGGCCAAGAAGCCCAGAGCCCAAGCUGGGAAAAAGCAGAGCAAGAAGCCCGCGCUCACCCUGACCCAGAUGGUGGGGAAGGGAGACAGCAGGGAGGAUGGGCCGGCAGAGAGGGAGCCGAUGGGCAGCAGCGCAGACGAGGAGGAAGGGAUGCCGGAGGAGGAAGAGGGAGAGGAGAAGGAGGAGGAGGAGGAAGGGCUGAUCCUUAACCUGUCCUCGGACUCCUACUACGGCGUCAUGAAGGAGCCCCUGACCGUUAUCCACCCACUGCUGGGCUGCAGCGACCCCUACAGCCUGACGCGGGUACUGCACGAGGUGGAGCCGCGCUACGUGGUCCUGUAUGACGCCGAGCUGCCCUUCGUGCGCCAGCUGGAGGUCUACAAAGCCAGCCGGCCCGGCCAGCCACUCAGGUGCUCAGAGCUCCAGCCCAGCGCGUCAGACCUGUCCCGUUCCACACAGCCCCUUCAGCUCCCAGCUCGCCCCCUGCUCUGUUUCUUCAGGAUGAGCGUCACUUGCUCGUGUUUGACCAAUUCAGGAGGCGGUCUGUUCGUUUAAGGGUGCUGUGAUCCCAGAGGACUAGAGAAUCUUCAGGAUCUUGUUCCCGAAAUUGAUCCCCAAAUUACAAAUCAUCCGUUUAACUGAACACCGCUCAUUCGUUCCAUGUCUUGAGCAGCUUACAAUUCAGUAACUCUCUGUAGAACCUGCUGGAUAAGGGCUAGAACAUAACACCAUAAGAAGGCUUAUUAAAUUCGGCUCGUCUAGCCCAUUUCAUAGUCAGUAGUUCAUUGAUCCCAGGAUCUCAGCCAGCUGUUUUUUGAAGGAAGCCAGGGUAUCGGCUUCAACACCAUGGCUGGGUAUCUUGUUCCUCACUCCCACCACCCUCUGUCUUUGCCCAGAGGUGAAGAAGUGCCUCCUGUUCUAGGUUUUAAAUGCGCUUUUGAAAUGUACUAGUAGUUUUCACUCGUGGUUCACCGGUUCAACUCAGUUUAUCAUUUAUUUGACUGUUAAAAGUUAAAGGCUGGCGGGGGUCACUCAGAGCAGGAUGAUCCUUUGGUGCCUCCGAGAGGAUUGAAGAACACUUUGUGUGUCGUGUGCUUUUGUCCUCACUCAGAAUAUUACACAGAAUGUUAAUUCUGACCUGAAGAGUCUCACCUGCCU